GCCGCAUUUAUUGCCUCCAUAAAAGCCAUACGUCAGCGGCCACCAUAUUAUGAGUGGCAUCUUCUCAUGAAAACUAAUACUUUCAUACGUGAAAACAAGGUUCUCCUAACAAGAGUUUAGGAAUAUAAUGAUGCCCUGCGAUGGACUGGCAACCCGUCCAGGGUGUAAGCCGCCUCUCGCCCGAAACGUUCGCUGGAGAUAGGCGCCAGCACCCCUCCCCACCUCGCUACGGACAAAGGUUCAACGGAGAAAACAAAAAAAUGGAGGAGAUAAAGACUGAGCCUGUGGAUUUCGUGAAAGAGUUUCAGGAAUACCUAACCCAGCAAACUCAGCAUGUCAACAUGAUUUCGGGCUCUGUUUGUGGAGAAAAAGAGACAACGGAGCCGUUUCAUGCCGUUGCCCCGAGAUGUGAGCAGAAUGUCCUGGACCCUCCUUCUGUGGAGGUGAGCCUGCCAAUGGAUGAUGGAUCAGACAUACAAGUGGAGAGUCUGGAGAGAACUUGCGAUGGGAAAUACAAGUGCAGCUACUGUAGCUACGCUAACAAGGGCAUGGCUCGUUUAAUUGAGCACAUACGCAUCCACACAGGUGAAAAGCCUCACCGCUGCCAGCUGUGCCCGUUUGCUUCAGCAUACGAGCGCCACCUGGAAGCUCACAUGCGCUCCCACACGGGAGAGAAGCCCUACAAGUGUGACCUCUGCGCCUUCCGAUGCAGCGACCGCAGCAACUUGUCACACCACCGCCGCCGCCGCCACAAGCUCCUCCCCACCAGAGUGGCCCGUUCCCCUUUCUCCAACAAGAGGAUGCUGAGCUCUUUGCAGAAGAGGACAGGCUCUCUGGGAUUCGGUCGGCGGCUCCUGAUCAGUCUCAGCCCUCCCUCAGUCGUCGUGCCCAGGUCCGACUAUUUUAGCGAGUUUUCACACAAAAUCCACCAGUUGAACGGCAGCGAAUACAAAACGCCCCCUAAGAUGGAUGAAAGCGAGAGCCGGGGCCAGGGUGAAAACGGCUUUAGAAACUCGCUGGAUCAGCUCUCUGCUCUUACGGGUCAGGACUUCGAAGCUCUCCCUGAGCCUCAAAGUCCUGCGUCCACCGACAGGCAGUCCUUAACGGACGAGAAACCGAUCCUGGUGGAGCAGGUGGCAGUCUGCUCCAACGGCGUGCAGACGUCUCCGCCUAAAGAAUCUCCCACCUCAGGUCAUAAAAGCUACAGUCCUGCAUCUGGUUGUGGCAUGGAGACUAACAUCAACACUUGGAAUGGCAGUGUUAGCAACAGCCUGGCGAGCACACCAACGCCUGCUGCAAACGCACCAAGCGAAGAAGAGCAAAACCUUUUGCACAGAUGCCAGCAUUGUGAUAUCCGCUUUUCUGAUAACAUAAUCUAUACCAUUCACAUGGGCUGCCACGGUUACGAACAUCCAUUCCAAUGCAACAUCUGUGGUCAUAUGUGCAUGGACAAAUACAAUUUUGCGUGCCAUUUUGCCCGUGGACAACAUAAGAAGUGAAAUAAGUGCACAGAAAUCUAAUGAAAUUGAAGAUACGGAUUUCCUGCGCUUUUAUUCCUAUUUGUCACGUCAAAACGAUAAACCUCAAUGUGUUGCAUUUAAAAAAAAAUUUUUUAAUAGACUAACACAAUGUGGUGAAGUUAAAUGAA